UGGUGAUGGAUAACGAAUGAGUCCACUUCCUAGUCUACUCCCCGUACUAACCAAGGCUAGGCUUGACUGCAACAAUCCCCAUUCAUUCAAUCAUUCAUUCAUCUCCUCUUUUCUCUCUCCUGCUUCUCCGGUCCCCUCCAUACCAUCACCACAAGCAAUCCAGCCCUACGAAUCUCGGUCUAUAGACAGAAGAAUACCCAAGCAUUGCUUCUAGAACAAAUCUGCAGCUAGUUCGUCCCACACCUCGAUGACGAAGAGCGGGUGUGGGUGUCUUCUUGAUUAUCGUUUCUUAGCAUCCUGGGUCAAACACCCUACAUCAACGCACCGAAAACACCCCCAUUGGGAUUCAUCUCCAGACUCUAGCACAGAGAAGGUGUUCUUCUACUACGUUGUCUGCAUGGCGAUCUUAUUGUGCAGAUCGAUCCGAAGCUAUUUCAAGAUCCCGGCCAUUAGCUCCCCUGGUCGUGGAUUUCUUUUGCUGGAAAUAUUCCCUCAGCCAGAUCGGACCUGAACUUCAAUGCCUCGACCGAGAAGGCCCGGGGCUCCGGAGCCGAAACGAAGGUCGCGCAAGGGCUGCUGGCCUUGUAAAGCACGCAAGGUGAAGUGGUUUGUGUCACCUUCUCUCACUUAGUUCGCAAAGUACUUCCGUAAGCUGAUCGCUCUUACAGUGGCGAGGAAAAACCAUCGUGUCUUAAUUGCGAACGCCAAAAUGAAUUGUGUGACUACAGCAUCAGACUGAACUGGGGAGGAAGGACCAGAAGAAAGUCAUCGG